UCUAGCUAUUCCUAUUGUUUCGUUGUUUAGCACGCUUCUUCACAACCUUUGCUUUCAGUAUCAGUUUCACCUCUGCUCAAGAUGUCUCUAGCAAAUAACUUCUCUGUCGUUGCACUUUUGUCCUUUGUGUUUCUGUUCGUAUUUUGCUUUUGGCCGUACGACGCCCGGGCGGGGGAUUCUUGGAGGUAUGAUUCGCUACUUUGUGCCGUCUUUAGCGAAAAUCAAAAACCAGCGGCACAGCAAAAAACAAAAAUUUCUGCGUCGAGUUCUGCACCAUCUUCGACGACCACUGCGAAGCAAAGUACAACGGUUGAUGAUGUUAGCCGAUCAUCUAAUCCUGCUUCUUCUGUCGGAACCGCUGACCAAGAACUUCCCCCACAAGAAACUGCCUCCAGGAAAGCCCAAGCGGAAGCUGCCUUCCUGUCCACGGCCAAAGAGCUUUGGAACCCCGAAAAAGUGUCGAAGUUCAAGGCGGUGAACGUUGGUGACUACAAUCAAUGCCAUAAACGGGAACACUCCAUCACCUAUUUCCUCCUCUCCGGGCACUUCCGGACCUUCGACAAGAAACUGCCGAACUUUCUGAGCUUCGUGCAAUCUGCGCCGUGCUUUUUUGUAAUUCUAACCGUGCGGGAAAAAAUCGAGGCGAAUGGAUCCGCCUGGUGGGGAAAGCGGAACGGGGAGGGGUUGCAGAAAAUCAGUGUGACGGAAAGGAUACAGAAGUUGCAGAGCGAUAAAGAUUUCCAGAAGUUUCAAAAGAAGAUCGCUUCCAGUGGACCGACAAGUGCGCCGCCGCGUCGUCACCUUUCACAAGCCGGGAAGCAGCUUGGUCUACAACUUGAGAACAAGAAAGCUACAACAUCCUACGUGAAUUUUGCCUAUGCCGUGAACGAGCAACUUUCGGACACACGUGCCGACCCCGAGACAAACGCCUAUACACUAAUGGAGGCAGUAUCGCGGGCACACAGGAUUCCACGCAGCCCAGGGGACGUGCUGGUGUAUUCCAGGCCGGAUAUGCUCUUCUCGCACACGGUGAAUUUCAAGAGCCUGGCGAAGCUGGCGGUUUUGUAUCACAAGCUUGAUGAUCGUGAUGAUCCUUUGGUAAAAGGUCGUGCGAGUGCAGCUGCGGGUGGUUCUCGAAAUCAUGAAAACAUUUUCAUCGACGAUGAAACGAGAUGGAGAAACAUGAACAUCACUGACGCGCUAUUUCGGAAUACAGAGAUACCGCCUACGAGGACGUUGAACAGACUCGUUUCAGGUCGGCCAGGAAUCGCUUGGUCCUCGACUGAUAUCGAACAAGCACUGGUUGAUGGCGUCAAAACCGAGCUUCUAAUGGAAAAUCAUGGAAAAGGCAUGGAAAAAUAUUCCAACUCAAGCUCUGCUUCUUCAUCUUCAGACACAAGGACAACAGCGCCGUCGCUUUCAACUUCUGCUUCAGCUUCUCCUCAACGCGGACUUGCAUCCACCCUAAUAAAAUCCUUCGCGAAAAACCUCCAAAGACACGCUUCAGGUGGCUUCGCCCUUCUUCUGCCCCACCACGCGGGAACCUACGGGGUGAAGUUUGAUCCGAGCGAGAUUUUCUUUGUCUGCAACUACCGGUAUUUCAAGGGUGUGGUCAAGGAUUUGGUUUUGGUCGGCUCGGACCGUUUUCCGCAAGCAGAAAGAGCAGCGCAUAAUGUGGCGGGCGGCUGUUGUGUUGGAAAUUUGGGGCUGGAUAAGAAGAUCAACGAGACAGUGAAAAAGAUGCUGAUAGAAGAAGCAGGGGACGAUGUGAAAAGUGUUUCAACAGUGACCAAAUUGCACCCGAAAAAUGUCGACGUAUUUUUCCAGACUACUGACCCUGCGAAGGUGGUGAGGAAGUACUUUCAACAUCAAGAACAGGAGAAAAAAUCCCUGGGCGGGUCCUUCUCGUACUAUCCACGACUGGAAACCCAGCAGUGCUGCGUCACCGGACCCUGCGGGCACCCGUACCAGCGCUUUCUGGUUCACAACCCCAGUCGAAGAAAGGAUCACUUGUUUUUCAUCGGACCCGGACUGGCGGUCCACGCCUACCGUCUUCGCACCGGAACUUUUCAAACUUUUUUGAACGGGCCUGGGAGGCCGGAUUUGGCGCAGCCCAAGCGCGUGUUGCCAAUGAGGGGAAAGAUUGGCGAACUCGAUUUGACAAGGAACGUCGCGCGGCUCGUUGGAGGAGUGGAUUGCGAAAGCAGUAUGAUCACAAUGCCCAACGAAGGUCUUGUCCCAUUUCUUGGUCGUCCAGAUGAGAGCACGAUGGCAGUUGCGGCUAGCAAGGCCCCGACUUUGGGCAGGAAAAUGGAUGUCCGAUCGAUGCGCUUCAUUCUCGAGUCGCUUGUACGCGCAGCGUUUUCUUCAUCCGACGAGAAAACUAUUCAGGGAAAUACAGAGGCUGAUGCGAUGAAAGCGAAUGUCACAGCUCCUGCCACCAGGGAUGCGUUGUGGACGUCAUUGUCCAACAAGGGCGCAACAGGACUAUCUGGCGCGGAACCCGGAAUCAAGAGGCAAAGCUUGGAGAUGCUGCUCAAAGUUCUGUUCCGCAUCUCCGACAUGGAUAAUCUUGUCAAGGGGUACCACCCGCGGAUCGUGCAAGGGGCCCGCUCAGACUCGCUCUUCUUCGUGGGGAAGCGAGAUAUCGAGAAUUUGCUUGACGCAGUUAAAGGUCUAGCAGCCGCAGGUACUAGCAGGUGACGGCAAUGAAGAUAAUGUCCACUGCAGAACAAGUCGGAGGGUUUUUUGCGUAUUCGUCGAAAUAACGCAGUUUCGCAAAGCGAGAAGGCACCCCGCGGCAACGACAACGAGGGAAAGGCGCAAAAAUUACGAAACACACCAAACAGGUAGAGUCAACAACUUAGCAUCACAGACGGCAUCAGGAGCAACACAUAGAUAGUUCACGUGAAGCUCGUCAAACGCGUCAGGGCCAUCGUAUAGAGGCACGACUGUCACAGUCCACACAUAAAAAAAUGAAAAACGCUACCAGUGAGAAGUUUUUUUCGAUCCCGCACGCCCGCAUGAGCAUAAUGCACAUUCAGACUGACGUACGCGCAUGAUGAAGUGAUAGUAACGAUCCUCUGCUCAGAAAUGGCGAAAAAGUCUACGUGGUAGUGUCGAAGAACAGAAAAAAACCCAGGUAUGCUCCUGAAGUUCACAUUCGAU